ACCGAAUGAAAGAGAAGUUUCUAGAGGAAAAAAUAUAUAUAUCAAUACGGGGAAUUCACGUCACGUCAUAUCCUUUUCCGGUUUAUGCCGAUAGCAGGGUAUACCUUGCUAAACACCGUUGAGUUUAUAUGGACUUCCAGUUAAACAACGUUCAGUUUUAGAAAGGUAUAGUGAAGAUUAAUAUUAUAUACGACUAGGCAAGAAGUUAUCUUGCUAAUGUUGUCAGCGUUUUGAAUUUCAUUAUUAUGAAAACUUCUAAAUUAGGCAUGAAUAAGCUAAGCUAAGCAAUGCUAAUGAUGCUAGCGACCUCAUAGUGUGUAUAGCCUCACUUCAUUAUGUAUCAAUGCAUAACAGCGCUCGACAGUGCGAUCGUCUCACUCACAUUUGCGACUAAAAAAAGAUGUGUGCGAAUUGUAAAAUAUAUUUACGUUUUUCAUGUAAAUACCCCAGUGAAGUUAGUUUUAAGUUGGAUAUUCCAUGGACAUCUCCCAUUGUCUUCUCACUCUCCAUAACCGGGAAUAUCAGCAGCAGCAAGAGCAGUUAAAUCUACUCGGCACCCUCGCUGUCUUAAUAAGGGACCAUCAAUAAAUUACCUGUUGAUGUUCUCAAGAAAAGGCUGUUUUCCUUCAGUAGCUUCCAUGUCAUGUGACCGAUUGACCUAAAAUUGAUUUCAGAUAAUAGUGGGACAAUAAGACACACUCUUUAUUUCCCUAAUUUGUGCUCUAAAAUUUUUGUGUGAAAAUUUAAGGGCAAAUUUGAACAUUUUCUUUAAUAACUCCCAGUACAUGUGACCAGUUGACCCAAAAUUGAUUUCAAAUAAUAAUACGACGAUACAGGUCCUUACACACCGGGGCUGACGCAAAUGUAGAACACGAAAUUAUGAAAUAUUGAGAGGUAAAUUUUGACGGGCCUGACUAUACACAUCAAGCCCGAUGCGAUUUUGCGACUUUACGGGGGCAAAAGAUGCGUCCUGGGGAAGACUUUCCCCGGGGAAAGUCCCGUCUCCUUGCCAAAAGCCAGGCACAUCUGUUGUCAUGUUAUCAUGGUUAAACUACUUUGAAACUGCCAUGGCCAGUGGUCGUUAUCAGCUGAAAACGCUGAUGAAUAUAUACAUUCUUUGGACAUGUCCCUAGAUUGAUUUUGGAAUGCUAGCAAUGCUAUUUAUAGGCUACUAUGUAGCUGCGUGUAACAAUAACACAUUUCGACUUCUUUUUGGAUUUCUUUUUAUACCAAUAUAGACUUGCCAUUAUAUAUCAAAGUUAACAUUAUCAUGGAGAUAAAACAUUGUUUUUUUUCUUUCUCACAACAGUAUGUCAGGAUCCUGGUGCAGUGUCCCUUUUUGCAACAGCAGCAAAAAGAAAUGCCCCCAUUUGAGCUUUCAUGACUUCCCUGCCAAUAAAAUUCUACGUGCCUGCUGGGUGAGGGCAAUCAGGAGAGAUGAGGGACCAAGUUUUGUGAUAAUUCGGGGAAGCACCUAUGUGUGCAGUGAACAUUUUAAACCAGAGGACCUGCAUAAGCCAACUCAAACCAAUGGACGUGGACGAACUCGCGUUAAAUAUGGAGCGGUGCCUUCAAAAUUCCUCUGGAAUGGCUGGGGUAGUUAUCACAUGACAAUGUUAAAUCUAGCUAUUACAGUUGUCUCUCUGUCUCUCUGCUCUUGCUGAAAUUGGCAACCUACCUCCAACUGUAUUUUCUGUUUAUUAAGGAGCUGGAGAGAUGGGGAGACUCCUGUUACUGAACAACCAUGAUAUCAGAAUAUAAAGCUUUAAAAAUAUGUAUUUACCUAUGAAGCUGAUGAAAUGAUAUCCUGUUGGAAAAUAAAGCAUUUGUGAUGUUUUGUUUCAUUUCUUAGGUUCACAAGCUUGGAAGCCAGUUUACCAAUCAAGGCAAUCUGUUGCAGUGGCCAAAGAUCAUGAUUAUGGCUGCCGACCAUUCCCUGGUUAGUAUUACAAUACUUACCGCUCACAGAAAAGAUACAUGAGAUGACAACACGCCAUCUUCACUUGCUCAUUAACUUAAUAACUUAAGUUUUCUUCCAACUGUAUUUUCUAUUUAUUAAGGAGCUGGAGAGAUGGCUGUUAGCUUACGUUAGCACAGAUAAAAGUUAAAAACAAAGACGUUUAGCAAACUGUUAAAGCACACAAACCAUCGUCAUAUCAAAAAUCCAACACUAUGACGGGGAAAUGUCGCUGAUGUGAACGCUUACAUUGACAGGAUACGGUUUCAAAAAAAAAAUAACAACCUCCGAAAUAAACGGUCCUGGUGUGUAAGGACCUUUAACCUUUUAACAAAAGACUUUGCUUAAACCUUAAAUUAUAUAUCUCUGAAAAAAUAUGUAUUUACCCGUGAAACCGAUGAAAUGUUAUCCUGCAGGCAAAUAAAGCUUUUGUGAUGUUGUGUUUAAUUUUUUAGGUUCACAAGUUUGUUUGCCAGUUCACCAGCAAGCACGAAAGCGUCUGUGGGCUGCUGGCCUGGAUGACUGUGCAGGGAUGGCCGUCCCAGGGGACAACACAGAUGACAGAGGACAGGUAGGGACAGUCCAAAGGACAGGGGACAGUUCAGAGGACAGCGGACAGUCAAGGCAAUCCGCCGCAGUGGCCAAAGAUCAUAAUUAUGACUGCCGUCCAUUCCCUGGUCAGUAUUACAAAAUUUACUGUCUUUCAGAAAAGAUACAUGAGUUGAUUACAUUGUAAGAAGUGUUGAAAAAACGCCAUCGGCACGUGCUCAAUAAAAAAAUUAAUAAAUAAAAAAAUUUAAUAACACUGCACCAUUUUGGUUGGACCUCCCGCGGGCAUCUGACAAACACCCUUGACCAAAAAGUUAACUAAAUAAAACAUUUUCUUUAAUGAGCAACUGAAAAUGGUGUGCAAGUGAUUUAUCUUUGUUUACUCCACAAACACACAUGUACUUGAGUUAAAAAUCAGGUGUGCUAAAGACUUUGCUUAAAGGAAUUUUAAUGCAAAAUGUAGAGAUGGAUUAGUGAUGUGUAUGUUUUUUCUUCCUCUUAAGGUAAACUGGACGGUGCCUCAGGAAGAAUACAGGAGGUGGAGCUGAAUGUGAUAUCCCUGAAAAUUGAACCAGAGCAGAUGAAAGCUGGUGUGCAGCAGCCUCUGGUACACCAGUUUUGUUUUACAGAUAAUAACUUUCGCUUUUACACUAAAUUCAUCUCAAAGGAGGUAUUUACUCAGUUUUGGAAGUCCAUUGAGCCAUCUGCUUCAAAUCUUGUUUACUGGUCCGAGGCACAACGAACAGCCCAAGAUCUUCCUACCUGUAGCCCUUGUGGCGAACUAGCUCUCAUCGAUGAGUUCUUCGUGUUUCUCUGUCGCGUUGCAGCUGGAUUUCAUGAGAGAACAUUGUCAAAAGUAUUCAAGGUUAGCCAGUCCACAGUUAGUCGCAUCAUCUUAACGUGGACUAACUAUCUGUAUCUUGUUCUUGGCUCACUACCGUUGUGGAUGACACGAGAGCAAGUGCAGUCCGCAAUGUCUGACACGUUCAAGCUGUACUACCCUGAGGUUAGAGUGAUAAUAGACUGCGCCGAGAUUAAGUGCGAAACGCCAUCCUCCCUCUCACCCCAGUCUGAAACCUCCUCCAGCUGCAAAAAUCACACCACCCUUAAAGGCCUGAUCGGGAUCUCUCCAUGUGGGGCAGUCACAUUUGUUUCAAAACUGUUUACAGGCUCCAUCUCGGACGUAGAAAUAACUCAGAGAUCACAGCUGUUACAGUUACUUGAGCCUGGAGAUGGAGUAGUGGCAGACAAGGGGUCUUUAAUCAAGAAGAUGCUCUCUGAAGUGGGGGCAAAACUCACCGUCCCUCCACUGAAGAAAUCAGCUAAGCUCAGCGUGGAGGGCACUCUGAGGACCCAGGCUAUCGCCCGUCUGAGGAUUUUGUCAGAGAGGGCCGUACGCAGAGUGAAGGAGUACCACAUUUGGGAUGGACCUGUUCCCCUACCUAUGGCUGGUUCAGUCAAUAAGCUGUGGAGCAUUUGCUGCAUCAUGUCUAACUUCAUGGGCCCUCUGGAUGUAAAAGGGGACAAACCAAUCUGAAGUCACCCUGGGGUCCCUGGAGAUAAAUAUCUUGAUGGGGGUCAGUGGCCAAAUGAAGUAACCUGUUGGGGAUCUUUGACAUAAAACCAUUUAAGCAGCACUAAUACAGCAGCAUAUUUACUUGAAGACUUAAAAACAGGCAACUGGACUGUGUAGAGUGUUGCCUGUUUUUCAGUCUUCAAGAAAACCAUGACCUGGAUGAAUGAGAAUCUACAUGGACAUACAGCAGCAUAUGUUUUUUUCUACUAAAGACCUUUUGUGGUACAAAGGAAACAGUCAGAAAUGUUGUUAACUACUUUCAGAAAAUGUUCAGCUGUUUUUUCAGGUAGCUAUGUGAUUCCAGUUGAAUCACAUGGCAUCCAUUUGUAGAUAUUUCUGAUUUUUACAGAUUUUUAUUUGUAGACAGAACAUCAAAUGUAUAUAUUUUCCUGAUUCAAGUUUUGUUUGUUAAAUGCUCAACUCAGUAACUAUGUCCUCAAUAAAAGGCCUGUUAAAUUAUUUGUUUUUUUACAUUUUUUGGUCAAAUUAGUGGGUGAAGACAAACUAAUAUUGCAAACAUGUUUAAUACCACACAAACAGGAUAUUAACAUAAAUUCACGUAAAGUGUCAUAACAGAAAAUCUAUGUCUGUAUUAUAAAGGUGAACCGAGUACAGGCAGUAUUACAUCACGGCAGUAAUCACUAAGUUGUGAAAAAAAAUCAGACACGCAAGUCCAAAGGUCACAGGUCAGUGAGGUAGUCUGUGCAAUGACCCUGUCAGAGCUUGAUAGUCUGGUACAGUCUGAGUUAAUGACAAAGGUAAACGUGAUAAAAGUCAUUCACCCUGAGAGCUUCUGUGACAGUUUGCUCGUAGCACCCAAAGGUGAUAUGAGUUGUUUCCUGUAUGCUGGUCAGAAAUACCUGCUUCAUGAAAAGUGUCCCAUCCCACACAGCACUGCUGGGUUUAUUUAUUUGAAUACGUGUGCAUGUGACUUUUGUAGCCAGCGUUGAGUGGAAGCACAAGGAACGGCAGUAUUUAGCCCUUUUUUUUAAACAAUAUUUCUUGAAUCAUUUGAAGUUUUAGCUUGUUAAGUGUCAUCAAGUCUGGAGGUGUCACAGUGUGAUGUGAGUUUGGGUAUUUAUAGCAUGUAGGCUGCAGUAAAAUGAACCAUUUCUUGUCACUAGAGUGUUUUAUUAACCUUGACAUUUUUAUAACUACAAACUUCCUACAGUCUCAGUCUAUCAAUCAACUGAUAAACAACAACACAACAAUGUCAUGUGACGCUUGUGAGGAAGACUACAGUCAAGUUUGCAGUCAAAACAUGUCAGGAAGAAAAAGAAAAAACACUCCAGCGCAGUAUCAGGAACUUUUUAACGAGGACUUACACUCAGACCAAAUGAACCUUUAGGACUGUAGCCUUUACUGUUGUUCCUACACUACCACCAUAGUUUUAUAUCAGGCUCUCCUGUCAUAAACAACAAACAUGUCUAGAGAUCAUCAUGUUUUAUUUACGCCUGAAGUAGAAUGUCUGGCCUUACCUAAACAAUAUUAUUUGACUCCCUCAUGUGGUCACAGGUUGCAAGAAAACACUUACAAACACUUACUUCAGUGUGUUUCACUUUGCUUUUAUGAUCACAAAUCAGUUAAAGGUGGUUUAAGCUUGAGUUAAAACUUAGGCAACACUCUUUUGCAUGAAGUAUCAUAAAAGGAUUGAAAGUUACAUAUAAGUCUUUAGAGGAAACCGUACAAGAAACUCUUUUGUGCAAGUGAAAACAAAAUGCUAUGCUUAAUCAAACAUUUACACCCCUUUAAUUAAAUACAAAGUGCGUGAGGAUGGUUACAGAUGGCUGUUCGUACAUUCCCCGUCACUUAUUAAAUAGUCAAGGUGCAUUUUUGGUUUCUAUGUCGAAACCAGAGAAACCAGUUUCCCACCAGCUUAGCAUAACCGCUCUGGGAUUGCAGCCAAAUUACAGACACAUUUAAAAACAUACUGUGGUGUUAAGUUAUUUGAAUUAUCUCAGUCCAUAUUACCUCGAGGCAUGAACUCUUUUCAUACUUCAAAGUAUGUCACAAACAAGGAAGAAAAGGAGCAGUAGGUUCUUGUAUCUUUGGAAUAUUGUGUUUCAUUUGUAUAAACUGAAGAGAAUACAACAGAGUCAAUAAUUUUUGGCUGAUAAGUAACACAGAGCACAGAGUCAGCUGGCCUGAUUCCCAUCAGAACUCAGGAGCACAGACGUUCACUUCAUGGGUCGGUUUAAGAUAUGAUUGCACUAAAAACUUUCAACAUAUGACACAAAUUAAUUAGUACCUGCAGCUUAUAUCAGCUGUCAAAGUUUAGUUUAGUUCAUUAUGAGAGAUUAGGGCAGCCAAAAAUGUCUGCUUGAUAUGAGCUUCAUGUGACAAAACUAAUAAAAAAAUCAACAUAAGAAAAAAAAUUGCACUCAUGUUUUUGUAAAAAUUACAAAAGAAAACAAGAUUUUAAAGAUUAUGAGAAAAAAAAAUCAACAUUCACUCUCUAGCUUUAAACGAUACUUAACCUUCUCUUAGGGGAAAUCAUGUUAUUCAUUAACUUUCUCAUCAAGAGAAAACUGCUAUCAUAUCUGUAUGGCACUUCAAAGCUUCCUUCAGCAGACGGUUAUACGAGUUUAGUAUCAAGACAACUAAACAGGACAGAAAAAAUAGUUUCGCCAAGGAACAGACACAUCCCCCUGAAAAAGACAUAAUUGAACUUAAUGAAGCAAAUUUCUUGAGAUGCAAAGCUGCUCAUGAAACAGACUGCAUGCUGAAGUACCACCUGGCACCAGUUAACAUAAUCUUUUUACCGUUUUAUUUACAGGACUACUAUUUGGACAACAAGAAUAAACUGGACUGGAAGUGUGUUGGCGGUGUGACACUUUGGCUCAUGCCUUCAUGGCAUUCACACACGUAUUGUGACCUCCUCUGGGUCAGCCCACUGGUUUUUAUCCAGAAAAGGCCAUACGCUACCUAUUAUUAAAAAGUCAACUUUUUAACUGUUAAUGCAACUUAUUCUUUAGAGUCCCGCUCCGAUGUUUUUUUUUUUUUACUACUUAAUUUGUAAUCAGUGGUCUUUAAACUGUGAUUAUACAUUUUUCACCAAAAUCACAUUAUCUGUGUCGUUUUCAUGGGCUUUUCCUUUGCAGAGCUUGAGUAGCUCAUUUGCAAUUCGCCUCUGAGUCGUGGGCGAAACAGCGCUGUUCUGCACAAUUCUCCUCGAGUUAGCCUGCAGCCUAAUAUUGGCAGCGUAGUAGAAGAAACAGGUAACUCUCGGACACUAAUGUCUUUAGAGGCAUGAUGAAAGCUAAUAUCAUAGUUAGCUUUUUAUACUAGCAUUUCAAUCCGCUAACCCAGACACUUGAUCUACCUCUCUAUUUUUCCGAGCCUAACCUGCAUAGCGGGGCUCCGGGGGCGGAGCUUGGAUUGGUGACGUAGGAAAUCUCACUUUAUCUGAUCUUGCCGUUUGGGUCUGCCAGAGAUUCACAGUGAUUUGAAUGCAGAAAUACUCAAACGCAAUUUCGCACGUAGUUUUCUCAUGAUAUGUUCUCUACGAUCAGAAAAAUGCCAUAUGGACAUGUAGACAACAAGAAAAACAGGAUUUUCAUCGAAGUGGGUCUUUAAAGGAAAAGCUGAAAACGGAUGUGAACGAUGCAUCAUAUACUAAUUCUUACAGGUAAAUAAAACAGUUACGUCUCUACACUGAACAGGCUUUUUGCCGUACUUAUACAUGAGUGUUUUUUUAAGGGUUAAACUUAGAGGAAAUUAUCUAACUCACAUUAAAAAUCAGGUUCCUUAUUUUACCAGUAGCAGACGCGCACACAAUGACAGAGAGAGGAAAGAGAUUUUACCAGAACACGCGCACCAUAAACUGUUAUUGAUUAGUAAAGCGAGCAUGUAUUAUGACACUGUUUAUACAAUAAGAUGCUUUAAGCUGUUCAAACAGUUUUGGGGCUUAGUCUCUUCAGGAAACAAUCUUGUUUACAUUAGCAACAUGUGCUAAAUUUACAUAUCGAGGCAGAGGCAGUGAGAUGCCAAUUUCAAAUAAGCUGCUUUGUAGUUGUCAAGCAGCAAAUAUGCAUCCAACUUCAAAAAUUAUGCCAAAUAGUGGAACUAUCAUCAGAGAUAUGUGAUCACUGUGCUAAAAUGACUAUGUGUAACCACUAAAUAGAAUCAGAAUAAAGAAAAUUCUCUCAGAUCAAAACUAUGAUGAUGAUUAAAUUAUUGAACAUGCCAAAAAAAAAAAAAAGGAAACAAACUAUUUGCUUUAUAUUUUUCAGAACUCAAUCCAAAGGUCCUUUUCAGAACAGCAGCGGAAUAUUUUGAGCGGUCAUGUUUCAUAAACAUGCUCUCCUUCAAGGACAAGUGGACGGUUAAUCAUGUUCUGCUGGCAGAGAAAGUCUUCAGUUAAGCUUUCCUUCACGUGCACACAAAAAAUAUUUAUCAAUCAUAAAUAUCUACACACAAAGCCCUGAGUUCACUGAAGUCCUUACAUGUGAGUUUUCACAUUUUCAAAGCUAUUCUGUCCGCACACAGAGAGUCUCCGGCUCAGCCAGAGACCGCUGUGCCAGUCGUGUUAUCUUUCACCUCCUCAUAUGUGACCUUGUAGACACAGCGGGACAAAUUAAUCCAAGCAGAGGUCGCCAAGCAGCAUGGAGCAGGAUUCAUGUUCUCACUGAGGUCCGAAUAAGAGGGACACCUGAAGAAUUAGUCUUUGUGUGAGACGGUGAGUAGGCUGAUGAAGAACUAGAAGUGUGGCCUAUGAGAACAAAUGAAAGACAGACAUUUUUAUCAAUACUAAUCCGAAGAGAACUGAAAAAGUUUAAGGGACAUGUAUAAAGAAAGUGUAGUAUAUGUAAAAAAAAAAAAGUCUAGGGCCCCUUAAACUGGCAAACAGGAAUGACCAGUCUGGUAGUUAAGUCAGCAACAAAAGCAGAUGUUACCAGUAAUGAUCAGGAAGUGAAACCUGUGCCAGCACUUUGUGCAAUAAAAACAAUUCCUGUUUCAUCUAAACUCUGAUGGCACACAGAAGCAUGAUGGAUUUCCCCGACUGUAACAGCCAGAUUAAGUUUGUUACACUGAUACACAGAUAACGCUGGCACAUUAUUCAAAGUCAGUAACCAAACUACAGGAAAUAAAGUAAAUAAAUGACACACGAUGAAAGCAUUUUUCCCCUCUGUCCCUCAUUGGGGUGUAUAUUUCUUCAGCUGUCUUUCUGAUCACUUUAUUGGAGGCUGAAUUCCACUUUCUUUUAAGAUUUCAGGCAACAUCAUCCACAACGUAAAGUGAUGAUUUUAUGUAAAAAGGCAUAAGGAAGAAUCUUCAACAGCAGAUUGGUUGAAGGUAAUGCAUGAUAUAUUUGUUAUGGGCAAAAUGAAGAGAGUAACCCAUUAUUCGAUAAGUAUUUAUUUCAAAAACCAACUGUGAGUUGCAUAACUGAUCUCCAAGUACUUAACCCAAAUGAUUAUGAUAGCCAUUGAGCACUAUAUAGUGUAGUAUACUGUAGAUUUAGCCCAGAUUUAGACUUGGUCUAAACUUGGUCUAAAUUUAGACGUCUAAAAAACUUUUACUUUUAGACCUGUGGUAGCCUGAUUUUAGACUUGUCAUCUUGGCUACGUUUAGACGUUUAUUAGACCUCUUUUAGACCAAAAAAAGCUCAGUGGGAGUGCACUGCAAUGUUACCAUAAACAGAUACAAUGAUUAUAAAAGAAAACAUAGAGAUCCUUAGAAGCAAGGUUAUAUCCAGCUCCAUAAUGCUUAAUGAUGCGGUGGAUCCAGUUAAUAAACAGAUGUGCUGUUUGUUUAGCCUACAUCAGAUGGCUUGACCUGUAAAUUAUUAAGGACAUCGGGAUGCAUCCGUGUAUGAAAAUGAGUGACUACACAAUGUGGUAACUCUCUCUAUGAUCUCUCUGACUCUGCAGAUUGUGGACACUUUCUAAUUCUCCUCAAUUAAAGGUUGUCCAUGUGCACAAACCUAGUUGGAGUAGGCUUUUAUUUGUAGUUUUGUAAAAUUGGAGAUUUCAACAUUUUAAGCAGUUUUCAAGCUUAACUAACAAUCUAUCAAAACAUUGCAAUCUAAGGCUAUUUCUGCUCAUCAAGUCAGCAGUGAUCGAAACUGGUACAGGAUCAUUCAAAAAUUCAUGAUGACACUUUGGUAACAACCAUAGACUGUAUAUACUAUGGACAACUUAGUUCCGCCUACCAUCAGUAUACGGAUUCGAAGCCAAAAAGCUCUUGGUAUUCUUUUUUCUCCACUUCCUGAAACCAACAUUGCGCAGUAGCGACUCUCUUCGGCGGGAGAGUCGCUGUCCAUUCUAUAUGCGGUCUAUGGUAACACCCCUUAUAUUACCCCUUUGUACUCUGAAUGUUCAGUUGACGUUGAGUUUGUAAAGACAUCAUAAAAUAGCUGUCUUACCUCCAUUAUUCCUCCACAUCUCCCUGGCGUACAAGUCAGAUGAGGUCAGCUCUGAUAUUUGGAUGUUUGGAUUCGAUCUGUCGUCAUCUUUGGGAAAAACACAAAACAUGAGAUUCAUGCAUCAUAACAAGUGAUAACAAGGAUAACUUAAAGUAAAGAGGUGAAAAUCUCGAACUUACCAUUGUUGCUGAAUGUAAAGGAAUCACUGUCCCUCAUUGUGUGAUUUCCACUGUCUGAUAGCGUCUUGUCU